AUGUCCACGGCGGCAAUUGCAAUAAACGGUGCCAUAUCCGUGGGAGCAUAUCUGAUGACGGUGCGCAUGAUACCCCGCCUUCGUGAGAUGUUCAUCAAGGCAAAUUUGUGCGGCAAGGAUCUGUGCAAAAAGGACAAGCCACAGGUGCCCGAGUCUUAUGGUGUCAUUAUUGGCUGCGUUUUCUUGAUCUCAAUGUUCCUCUUUAUACCCAUACCAUUUGCGUUCGAUGAGGCUGCCGCCAUGGACGCAGUUACUGGCGGGAAGCCGGUAACUUUUCCGCACAAUAAGUUCGUGGAGCUCAUUGCCGCGCUGUUAUCAAUAUGUUGCAUGAUUUUUCUUGGCUUUGCCGACGAUGUGCUCGAUCUGCGCUGGCGGCACAAGCUCCUGCUGCCCACCAUAGCGACGCUGCCUCUGCUGAUGGUUUACUAUGUCAACUAUAAUUCCACCACGGUCAUGAUGCCCAACUUUGCGCGCGGCCUCUUUGGCACGUCUGUCAAUAUUGGCAUGCUCUACUACAUUUUCAUGGGCAGUCUGGCGGUAUUUUGCACCAAUGCCAUCAACAUACUCGCUGGCAUCAAUGGCCUGGAGGUGGGCCAGUCCCUUAUUAUUGCCGCUUCAGUAUUGCUGUUUAACCUUAUCGAACUGAGUCUGGGUCAUCAGAUGGAAUCACAUCAGUUCUCAUUGUAUUUUAUGAUACCAUUCUUUGCUACCUCUUUGGCUCUGUGGAAAUUUAAUAGAUAUCCAUCUCAGGUGUUUGUGGGCGAUACGUAUUGUUAUUUUGCCGGCAUGUCCUUUGCCGUUGUUGGCAUCUUGGGACAUUUUAGCAAGACGCUAUUGCUGUUCUUUCUGCCACAGAUACUCAACUUUCUGUACUCGACGCCGCAGUUGUUUCACUUUGUGCCCUGUCCGAGGCAUCGACUGCCCAAGUACGACGCCAAAUCGGAUCUGCUGCACAUCAGCACCACGGAGUUUCGCAUGAAGGAACUGAACAGUCUGGGUCGCCUAAUGGUCACAGUGCUGCGCGUAUUGCAUCUGAUCAGCUGGCAGGAGCAGGCCGACGGACGCGUCAUAACCAACAAUUUUACGCUCAUCAAUUUUGUGCUGGUCGUCUUUGGGCCGGUACACGAGCGUGUCGCCACCCAAAUGCUGAUGGGCUUCCAGGUGCUGUGCACGCUGUUGGCUCUAUUCAUCCGAUAUCCGCUGGCCAAUUUCUUUUACGCCAUUGAGACAUAGUAAGCGUAUGCUUCGCAUGUUUUUAAACGUAGUUUAUAUGUGAAUACAGUACAGUUCCCAAAAAUUUA